UUCCCGUUAGUACACUGAAAUUCAAAGUCAUGCUCAUAACCGUUAAUGAAAGCAGAUUCAAAGCAACACCACCUUCACCAGAGUAUUUUUAGUUUUAUGCGAACAGGACUACCAAGCAUGUCGCUCUUAUUCGGUAUAACUCUAAUCUCAUGGGCAUCCACUGUUGGGGGAGACGCAACACUUUGUGAUUUUCCAAAAAUAAACCAUGGAAUUCUGUAUGAUGAAGACAAUUAUAAGCCAUUUUCCCAAGUUCCUAUAGGGGAAGUUUUCUAUUACUCCUGUGACUAUAAUUUUAUGUCUCCUUCAAAAUCCUUUUGGACUCGCAUAACAUGCACAGAAGAAGGAUGGUCACCAACACCAAAGUGUCUCAGAAUAUGUUUCUUUCCUUUUGUGGAAAAUGGUCAUUCUGACUCUUCAGGACGGACACAUCUGGAAGGUGAUACUGUACAAAUUGUUUGCAAUGCAGGAUACAGCCUUCAAGAAAAUAAGACCAACAUUUCAUGUGUAGAAGGUGGCUGGUCCACUCCUCCCAAAUGCACCUCCACUAGAAUGGAUUGUCUUGGUUUACCGAGCUUUGAAAAUGCCAGACCCGAGGGAGAGAGGAAGAAUUCCUAUAGGUCGGGUGAGCAGGUGACUUACACUUGUGCGCCAUAUUACCAAAUGGACGGACCCAGUACUGUAACAUGUAUUAAUAGGAGAUGGACGGGAAGGCCAACGUGCAGAGACAGUUCUUGUGUGAAUCCGCCCAGAGUACAAAAUGCUUAUAUGAGGCAAAGACAGAAGUAUAGAUAUUUAUCUGGUGAUAAAGUAUACUAUGAAUGUAGGAGACCUUAUGAAAUGUUUGGGGAUGCAGAAGUGAUGUGUGUAAAUGGAAACUGGACAGAAGCACCUCAGUGCAAAGGAGAAUGUGGGCCCCCUCCACCUACUGUCAAUGGAGAGACUACUUCAUUCCCACUGUCAGUAUAUGCUCCAGGUUCAUCAGUUGAGUAUCAAUGCCAGAACUUGUAUGAACUUGAGGGUAACAAGCGAAUAACAUGUAGAAAUGGACGAUGGUCAGAACCACCAAAAUGCCUACAUCCAUGUGUAAUAUCACAAGAAGUUAUGAGAAAAUAUAACUUAACGUUUAAGUGGACCGCUGAAGCAAAACUUUACGUAAGAUCAGGUGAACCAGUUGAAUUUAUAUGUAAACAUGGAUAUCAUCCUUCACCAGGUUCUCAAUAUUUUCGAAGAACAUGUCAGGAUGGGAAACUGGAGUAUCCCAUUUGUGUAAAAAACAGUCAGAAUUCAAAUCCACACUUUUAUUUAGAAUAGUAUUAUUAAAUCGGUUCUCAAUUUCAUUUUUAAGUAUUGCUUUAUUCCUUUUUAUUCAUAAGUAAAAUUUUGGGUUGAUUUGUGAAAAUGUACUUAUAAUCUGAGACCCAUGGCCCUCUUCUUAAAAGCUCCAUAUUAAAACUUGGCAAA